AUGCGUCUACAUGCCAACAGCUUAGUGUUCCUGGUCGUCUACGUUUUUCUCGCCGUUUUUCUUUUCGUCCAAUUCCAGAAACACACUGUUUUUCGGGAAGAAGAGGAUAUCCACCCAUUCUUCCGCCGGGAACCCGAACUGGAACCGACACUAAAUAUCACCGAGGCACCAGAAGCAUCAAUUCCGGAGAAUUGUGCCUGCAAAUCUACAGUAACCGGGAAUAUUUAUGAUUUUUGUUAUAAGCUGCCGGAGAACCCAAAAACCAUCGGUAAACGAUUCGAUUGCAAGUAUGUCGAUGAUUGGGAGAGAGUUGGUAAUCAAUUUAUUUUCGAUCUACCCUACCCAGAUCACGCCCACUUUCCAGAAUCCCCUUCGAAAUUUAUCGAUUUGCACACCGAGGCGGCACCCGAACCGGUCUUUGUCACCGCCUUUAAUAAUCCAUUCUUUCGGAAUGGCGAGCGAUUGAUCUCAUCGAUUCGAAAACUCGGUUUUCACAACAAAAUCGUUUUGUACGACUUGGGGAUUUCAAAGGAGCAUUUGGAGGUUUUGAGGAAUAAAGCCUGCAACCUGGAAAUCCGUUAUUUCAACUUCACCAACUAUUCAGACUACAUGAAAACCUUGAAAAGCUACCGCUGGAAGGCCAUAGCCAUCGCGGAGGCGCUCCGUGAUUUUGGCGCCAUUUGGUAUUUGGACUCGUCGGUGAUUUUCGAGAAACUCAACGUUUCUCAUGUCUACGACCUUGUGAAUUGCCACAAUCACGUCAGAGACAGGCCGCCCAUGUUAUCAAGUUCGGCUCGAGACCUUCGAGAAGGCAGGGAGACUCACGAGGACGGAUGGAAUCGAGAGAUUUGGGAGAGGAAUUUGAAGGAGUGUCGGAAGGGACAGUAUCUGAUGCAUGGGUACAGUGGACAUGGCAUACUGUCGGUCACUAAUCCAGCCGUCUACAAGUACUUCCCCACCAAUCCCAGUGAGCUCAAGAAGCAAAAGGCGAAAAUGUAUGAUGCUGGAUUUGUGUAUGCGGUGAAUACACGGCAGACAAUGAUGGAUGUGGUGAAAUGGUACUUCCUGUGUGCCCUCCAAGAAGACUGCAUGGCUCCAAAGGGGGCGGAUCUCGGGUGUAUGUUCGACGGGGACGAUCGGUUUAUCAAUUAUGCGGGUUGUCAUCGAUUCGACCAAUCCAUCAUCAACCUGGUGCUUGCCAAUCAAUUCUGGUAUGAUCGGAGGUAUUAUGUCAGUGAAAUCGUCGAUUUCUUCCAUAUUAAUCGUGGCGGAUCGUCUGGAGACUUCGAGAAGGAUAUGGGUUGUUUGUAUUGA